AUGUCGACCUUUGGUUACAGGAGAGGACUUAGUAAAUAUGAAUCCAUCGACGAGGAUGAGCUCCUGGCCUCCCUGUCAGCUGAGGAGCUUAAGGAGCUCGAGAGGGAACUGGAAGACAUUGAACCUGAUCGUACCCUCCCGGUGGGGCUAAGACAAAAGAGCCUAACAGAGAAAACUCCCACGGGGAACUUCAGCAGAGAGGCACUGAUGGCCUAUUGGGAAAAGGAGUCUCAAAAACUCUUGGAGAAGGAACGGCUGGGGGAAUGUGGAAAGGUUGCAGAAGAAGACAAGGAGGACCUUGAGGAAGAGCUCCUCUUUACGGAGUGCAACAGCGAGGUGUCAGAGGAGGUGUACACGGAAGAGGAAGAAGAGGAAGGAGGAGGACAGGAGGAGUCUCAGGGGGAGGAGGAAGAGGAGGAGAGCGAAGAGGACAGUGAGGAAGAGGAAAAAACAAUUGAACCUGCAAAAGCUAUCAAUGGAACAGUCAACUACAGUGACGUCAACACUGACAACCCUAAGCCCAAGAUAUUUAAAAGUCAAAUAGAAAACAUAAAUUUAACCAAUGGCAGCAGCGGGCGCAACACAGAGUCGCCAGCGGCCAUUCACCCUUGUGGGAAUCCCACGGUGAUUGAGGACGCCCUGGAAAAGAUUCAGAACAACGACCCCGACGUGACAGAAGUCAACCUGAACAACAUUGAGAACAUCACCACGCCCACCCUGGCCCGCUUUGCAGAGGCCCUCCGGCACAACACGGUGGUCAAGACGGUCAGCCUGGCCAACACGCACGCCGACGACGCCGCGGCCACGGCCAUUGCGGACAUGCUCAAGGUGAACAGGCACAUCACCAGCGUCAACGUGGAGUCCAACUUCAUCACCGGGAAGGGGAUCCUGGCCAUCAUGAGAGCCCUGCAGAACAACACGGUGCUCACCGAGCUGCGCUUCCACAACCAGAGGCACAUCAUGGGCAGCCAGGUGGAGAUGGAGAUCGUGAAGCUCCUGAAGGAGAACACCACGCUGCUGAGGCUGGGCUACCACUUCGAGCUCCCGGGACCAAGAAUGAGCAUGACCAGCAUUCUGACGAGAAAUAUGGAUAAGCAGAGGCAAAAGCGGUUGCAGGAGCAAAAACAGCAAGAGGGCUAUGACGGGGGAGCCAAUCUGAGGACCAAAGUCUGGCACAGAGGAACACCUGGCUCUUCUCCCUACGGAUCUCCUAGGCAGUCUCCCUGGUCAUCCCCUAAAGUCCCCAAGAAAGUCCAGACUGCAGGGAGCAGACCCCUGUCUCCUGUGGUCCCGCCUCCUCCUCCUCCUCCUCCUCCUCCUCCUCCACAAAAGCUGCCACCGCCUCCUCCCCCACCCCCACCUCCACUGCCAGAGAAAAAACUCAUCACCAGAAACAUUGCAGAAGUCAUCAAACAGCAGGAGAAUGCCCAGCGGGCAUUACAAAAUGGACAGAGAAAGAAGAAAGGGAAGAAGGUUAAGAAACAGCCAAACAAUAUUCUGAAGGAAAUAAAGAAUUCUCUGAGGUCAGUGCAAGAGAAGAAGAUGGAAGAAGGUUCCAGACCUUCCACCCCACAGAGAUCAGCUCAUGAUAACCUUAUGGAAGCCAUUCGGGGCAGCAGCAUCAGACAGCUAAGGAGGGUGGAAGUUCCUGAAGCUCUGCGGUAAAAAAGCACACAUUCUAGAAGAGGAAACGGAACUGUUUAGUGGCGUUCCUGGAAAUGCGUUGCAAGAUGUUUCUACAAUACCUUCUUUCAUUUGAAAUACUCCUUGACUUUAAA